CCAGUUCGCAUCGUUCCUGCUCUGCUGUAUUCUUCUUGAAGGAAAGUCUUUGAAAUUAGUCGUGUUACACUUAACAUUUUCUUAAAAUUGUUUUUUUUCCUAUCGCGUGGUCUUGACGACAAGAAAGUCCGCGGGACGCGCGUGCUUCAACAUAUUUAUUGGUUCAAUUUUGUAUCGAUAUUAGAUCAUUUCUUGGUUGAGAAAUAUGGCGUGUGAUCAGUGGUGGUUUAUGCGUGGAAGUGUAUUGUUAAUACUUCAAAUACUUUUUGCGCUUGGAUUGCAGGCAGAUAUAAGUGCAGAUCCAUCUUAUUAUGAAUAUGGCAGUCUUUCAAGGACACACAGUCUCGCAGAUGAUAGAUCGCAGAUAACAUUUGUAUCAGCCGAAGAAAAAAUUCGCACUAGAGUUGAACGUAGUCCUCCUGAGCCUCUUAAUAAACCAGUGAAUCAGCCACCAGCCCACCAGCCCAGUGAAGUUCAAGAUAUGCAACAAUCAACGCAACAGUCAACACCACAGUCCCAGCAGCCAGUUAUUACUAUAAAUACCACUUCUUCGGCUAAUGUGUCCUAUUCUACAGAGACAGUUACCACUCCAGGUCCAAUCGUCACUGAACCAUCAAUAAAAAAGUACAAACCGGAUGACACCAAGGCUAAGAAAAACUACACUGUAGUUCCCAUGCCGACUGCUGACACUACCGCUCCCCAUUUGUCUAAGCCAACAAUUUGGGCAAAUCAAACGAGAUGGACCAAUCUCACAAAUGACGCAAGAAAUAUCAGUGAUAGUUCUGAUCCUGAAAUCGGUGACAUUUCCGUUUCACUUUCCGACGUAUCAAACACCACUCUGAAGCAGAAUAAUAUAACGAAAACCGAAUACGAUAACCAUCAGUAUUACAAUAGUUCAUUUAUGGUUGACAAAUCAGCCUGGGAAAAAUAUUGGGUGAACAUGUCCAAACAUCCGGAUUUGCAGGUCAACGAACUACUUAGUCAGAGUCACAGAAGAGCUGCAACUGUCAAGCUAAAGUUCGACUUUCCGUUUUAUGGACAUAAAGUGCGCAAUAUCACCAUUGCUACAGGAGGGUUCUUGUACACGGGAGAGUAUGUGCACAGUUGGCUCGCAGCAACUCAGUAUAUAGCACCAUUGAUGGCCAAUUUUGACUUGAGACUGUCCAACAGUAGUUAUGUCAAAUAUGCAGAUAACUCCACUUCAUUCACGGUCGAAUGGGAAAAUGUUGUUCUUCACGAUAAACCCGAGGAUGGGGCUUUCACGUUUCAAGCGACUUUACACCAAAACGGCGACAUUGUAUUCGUCUAUACCGCUAUACCACUUGUUGUAGAAAACAUCACAGACACGCUGCAUCCAGUCAAGGUUGGCUUGAGUGACGCUUACAUCAUGGACAGAACUGUAUUCUUUGUUCGCAGGAAAACCAUCUACGAAUAUCACCGCGUAAACUUCAAUCGUCAAGAUAUUAAGAAUUAUACGGUUAUAUACUUGACGGCGUUGCCCACGUGUCUGGAAAUGGAAAAUUGCAACGAUUGCGUCACGAAAGUAAUAGAUUUCGAUUGCAAGUGGUGUCCUGAAUUGCAGCAAUGUAGCACCGGAAUUUCCCGAUCUAAACAGGAUUGGCUGUUGAAGGGAUGCGACAGGAAAAAUAUUAAGGAAGAAGCCAGUUGCCCGACGAGGACCACGUCUUACAAAGACCAAGUUGAUGCUCGAGGACAUGAAGGACAUAUUACGAGAGACGAGGAAUUGUCAGCGAGUGUAGAACCCAGUCAGCAUUCAGGACCUGCAGCAGAUCCUUUAGAACAUGCUCGGGACAAGAUGAACAUGGGCGUCUCGGGAAUAAUCGGAAUAAUGGUAAUGAUUUCUCUCAUUGCUGGUUUGGCUGGUUGGGCUGCCUAUGCGUAUCGAAACCCACACAGUGCGUCUGGACAGAUGCUUAUUCGAUAUCGUCCAAGUCAAUGGAGUUGGAGAAGAGGUGAAGCUCGUUACACGGCUGCGACGAUUCACAUGUGAAGUAGUAAUGAAGAGAGUCAAAACUGUGAACUGAAAGUACUGCAACAAUCACGUCUAAAUCGUGGGAACCAAACUUUUGUAUAAAAUGGUUCGAUUAAGUUAUGAAAUUUGUUGGAAAUGAGCGGCAUUUCUCGUGAAUUCGCAAUUUCUGCAUUAUUCUUUGUCAGCUGUCACACAGAAUGCAGUUGUCACGCAGAAUGCAAUCAUAGCCACCGGGAACCCAGCAAUUAAAAAAAAAA